ACCAAACAACCCCUCGGUCUAAGCUCGCCUCUGCCUCACAGCCGCCUUCCGAUCGAGCUACCAGUGCGUAGCUCAAAACUCAAAACGAGAAGCAAGAACUCAGUAGCAAUAUAUGGCGAAGUCUUGCACCUUACUGUUCGGCACAGUACUGGUCGUGCUCUUGCUUCUAGUGAGCCCCAUUGCUUGCUCCCGCAAGCUCGCCAAGCCAACAAACAAGCACAGGCCGAGACACAAGCCGGCGGCAGUCAGAGCCCGCAGCAACCACACUGCCACCCCCUCGGUGUCCGACGCCUACGGCUCCGGCGGCUGGUUGUCCGCCGGCGCGACGUACUACGGCGCACCCGAUGGAGACGGCAGUGACGGCGGCGCGUGCGGCUACCAGACCGCCGUCGGACAGCGUCCCUUCUCGUCGAUGAUCGCCGCCGGUAGCCCGUCGCUGUUCAAGGAGGGCAAGGGAUGCGGCGCUUGCUACGAGGUUAAAUGCGACAGCAACGCUGCAUGCUCCGGCAAGCCGGCGACCGUGGUCAUCACCGACGAGUGCCCCGGUGGCGUCUGCCUCGCCGAGGCGGCCCACUUCGACAUGAGCGGCACCUCCAUGGGCGCCAUGGCGAAGCCCGGCAUGGCCGACAGGCUUCGCGCCUCUGGUAUCCUAAAGGUUCAGUACAAGAGGGUCCCGUGCAAGUACAGCGGCGUGAACAUCGCCUUCCGGGUGGACCAGGGCUCCAACCCGUUCUACUUCGAGGUGCUGGUCGAGUUCGAGGACGGCGACGGCGACCUCAGCGCCGUCGACCUCAUGGAGGCCGGGUGCGGCACAUGGACCCCGAUGGUGCAGAACUGGGGCGCGCUGUGGCGCUACAACUCCAACUCCGGCAAGGCGCUGAGCGCGCCCUUCUCGCUCCGGCUCACCUCCGACUCCGGCAAGGUCCUCGUCGCCAGCAAUGUCAUCCCGGCCAGCUGGAAGGCCGGAGGGACGUACCGCUCCUUGGUGAAUUAUUACCCUUAAAUUACAGCUAGCUGGGAGCGUGAUCGAGGGUGUGCUUCGGCCUUCGGGAGGCGGCGUUGCAUGCAUCCUGGCUUUUGCGAGAGGCGGUGCCAGAAGAUGAGGAGGAGGUUGAGGAAUGGAAUUCUUCCCUCUCCCUCCACGGUCUCUGCAGUCCCUAGUGAUGUCUGAACGUGCUGUUGAUUUCUCUGUAAUUUUGUUUUUUUCUCUUUUUUUUUCUUUGUCGUCCCGUAGUUGCGAGAGGCGCGACGAGACUGAUGUCGCAUGCCAAUUUAUCAAGCUGUGUGUGUUUGUACCACGCAAUCUUUUCAUAUAAAUGAAUUGCGGCUGUGUGCUA